GGCGGCGCGAGCUAACUGUCCAGGUUAGCGAGCCGGUGGCUAACUGCUAGCUAACGUUAGCUAGCCCCGUUUGCAGACACGUCCACACACAGUCCGCUGCUGCUGCUGGAUACUACACACAUGUUGAACUGCUGGUAGAAGAAAUGCUAACUACAAAUACGGAUUUAACACAUUUCGCACACAUUGAGCUCCCGGCACAGCCAUGUUCGGCACAGAGUCCUCAUUAAGCAUGUUUCUCAACACCCUGACACCCAAGUUUUACGUGGCUCUGACGGGCACUUCCUCCCUCAUAUCAGGACUCAUAUUGAUAUUUGAGUGGUGGUAUUUCAGGAAAUAUGGGACCUCCUUCAUAGAGCAGGUGUCUGUGAGCCACCUGCGCCCCCUGCUGGGCGGAGUGGACAGCAGCACCCCCAGCAACUCCAACACCAGUAAUGGAGAGGCCGAUUCCAGUCGACAAAGUGUGUCCGAAUGUAAAGUGUGGAGAAAUCCGCUGAAUUUAUUUCGUGGAGCCGAAUAUAAUCGAUAUACGUGGGUCACAGGUCGAGAGCCGCUGACGUACUACGACAUGAACCUUUCAGCACAAGACCACCAGACCUUCUUUACUUGUGACUCGGACCACCUCCGGCCCGCUGACGCCAUUAUGCAGAAGGCGUGGAGAGAGAGGAACCCACAGGCUCGCAUCUCUGCAGCACAUGAAGCUCUGGAGCUGGAAGAUUGUGCCACAGCAUACAUCCUGCUGGCGGAGGAAGAAGCUACAACCAUCAUGGAGGCUGAGCGUUUGUUUAAACAGGCGCUAAAAGCUGGAGAGGGCUGCUAUCGCCGCAGCCAACAGCUCCAACAUCACGGUACACAAUAUGAAGCCCAGCACAGGUUUUAA